CGAUGAUGAUUGAUCAAGAGUGUUGUGUUAUGCCAUAGAAUUUUUUUUAGAUUUAGUUUCUGUGUUUAAGUACCAGUUGUAUUAGAAGGCAACAACAGAAUUUUUAUAUAAUUUUAUAAGUGAAUUGGUUUGUUGAUGAGAAAGUGCUAAGACUAUAAAGAAUGAGGAUACAUAAAUAGCUUAAGCUUAGUGGAUUUGGAAAGAAAUAAUGACAAAACUAGCCAGCACUCGUCGGGCACGUAACCAAGCUGCUUCCUUAGCUAUACCCCGUCAAAACUCUGUUUCUGACAAUGGCAAGGUGCGUCAAAACCUCAGUCCAGAAGCUCUAGCAUCUAUGAGCAAGGAGCAACUGCGUGCAGAAUGUAGAAAACGUGGCCAACGGACUUCAGGCAACAAAAAUGAGCUGCUCGCCCGCUUAGGGUACUACAAGCUGGCGGCUGCAGGGCAAACAGAUACCGAGCAAAUACAGCGUCCACGCAACGGGCUGCGUCACGCGCCUUCGAAAGAGAUUAAAACAAAAGUAGCCCCAAUGGAUACCGAGAGCUUAGUGCUAUGGAGGAGACCACUCACAACUUUGGAGUACUUUUUUCGGGAACUAUUUAUAUUAUGCUCAACGGGUUUACGAAGACUGUUAGCGUACAAGGGAUUAGCAGUAUCACUAAUUGUUCUAGUCAGCGGUGUAGCCACCUCUUUUUAUGUUAAUGGCCCUCAUCAGCCUUUUGUUCAGGAGGCAGUGCUGACCCUCGCUUGGUGGGGCUGGUGGGUAGUACUCGGUGUUUGCAGCUCAGUAGGUCUCGGUACAGGCCUUCACACAUUCCUCCUAUACUUGGGCCCGCAUAUAGCACGCGUAACGCUUGCCGCGUACGAGUGCGGUGGACUUAACUUUCCUUCGCCACCAUAUCCCAACGAUAUAAUAUGUCCGUCGGAGAUCGACCCCCAAAACACUGUGUCGAUAUGGAAUAUUAUGGCCAAAGUCCGAAUAGAGUCUAUGAUGUGGGGUAUAGGAACAGCGUUGGGGGAGUUGCCUCCGUACUUUAUGGCCCGAGCUGCUCGGUUAUCAGGGGGUGGAGUAGCUGAACUUACUGCUGAUGACGAUUCCAAAACUGGCAGGGCAAAAGUAAUGAUCCAAAAACUGGUACAACGUGUUGGAUUCGCUGGUAUACUUGCGUGUGCGUCGAUUCCAAACCCAUUGUUUGACUUGGCCGGCCUCACGUGUGGACAUUUUCUCGUACCGUUCUGGACAUUCUUCGGGGCGACGCUUUUGGGCAAAGCAGUAAUUAAAAUGCAUAUACAGAAGAUGUUUGUGAUAAUUGCGUUUAAUGAAACGCUUGUCGGCCAAGUUCUCCAAUGGGUAGAACGGAUACCGUACAUCGGGCCCAAACUUGAAGCUCCCUUACUGGAGUUCCUCAGGAACCAAAGAGCUAGAUUACACAAAAAUGCGCCACAGACUGACAACCAGGGCUCAGUCCUCUCUAUGAUAUUAGAAAAGUUUGUACUAGCUAUGGUUCUAUACUUUGUGGUGUCUAUAGUGAAUGCACUCGCACAGAACUACAGCAAACGCUCCGCAAAGAAAAAGGGCAAGAAGAAGGAUUAGGGUUUGAAGGCCGCCGAAGCGGUCGGACUCGCACGGCGGAGGACAGACAAGACUCAACGGCAUCGGUAGUACAUUAUGAUGCUCUAUACUCUAUUAAUCAGAUUCACAAUCGAGCUUUAGUAAGUAUGUCUCUCGUGCGCCAAAUUAAUUUUUUUUGGACUCACGGAAGUCUAUGUUAGCGCUAAGUAUCGAUUCUGAAUCUGGGGUAUGAUUAACGCCAAUACCAUAGACUACGCCGAGCAUAGACUAUAGAAGCUAUUAUAAUAUUCGAAGUUGCUUAGAAAAUGGCAUUAAAGGGGUAAUUGAGAGUAAGUUUAAAUGAUUUAAACGAUACAGCUUGGGUAUUGUAAAUGUCGCGUUAGUCAAUUUACAAAAUAUUAAUUUCUUUAAUUUGAAAAAAGAACCUGUUUAUUGCAACACUUACAUUACCCAAGAUGUCUAUGCUAUAAAGUUAGAUAUUGUCUAUGAUGCAUUUAUGGUUUUAAGCUGUCCACAUAGACGCAUCGGAAAGAGUCAAUAAGUGAAAUAAGUAACGCAAUUUUUGUAUUUUUAGGUACCACAUAGUUACCUUAGAAAAUAAAAUAGUAUUCUAAAAUAAUGGUAGGAUAAAUUAACAUCAUUUUUCAUACAUUAAAACGGUGGUUUUUAAUUUUUAUUAAAAAAUAAAAGGCCAAAAAAUUUGAUGUUUAUGUGAGACGUGUGUUUUUAAUAAAAAGCUGUAUAACUAAGCAGCUAAUGCACGACAGAUUAUAUCUUGCCCAAUUAUCUAUAAAAAUAUAUAUUAAGGUUGGGUCGAAUUUAUCUAUAAGCUUGAUAAUAAAAAAAAAAUAGUAUUUCUUUUUCAAUUGUGGAACUAAAAGUUAAAUAACUUAUGAAUGAUCCAAAUUUUCUGUGUAUUACUUGGAAAAUAUAAUAAUUAUAGCGAUUUGAGAAUUAUAAAAUGUGUAUGUAAAAAAACGCACAAGUAAUGAAUUGCAUUUAUACAAUGAAAAAAAAUUGUUCAUUAAAUAUGGUGAAAAUUUAAUUCUUCUAUAAUUUUUGAUAAUAGUACCAUAAACAGUAGACUAUUAGUUACUAUUCUAAUCGUCAAAAAGUAAUAAAUAUCUUGACUGUGACAAUUACAGUCAACCAUCUUGUUCCACUUUAAAUAAUUUAAUUUUUAACUACCCCAAAACAUUCUAAACUCUUGGAUAAUAUAAAAGACAUUAACUUUAAGAAAUUGUGGCUUAUAUCAUAUAUAGUAUGUAAAGAUUUUUCUAGUGCAUUGUUACCAUUAUAUGUAACAUAAUUUUAAUAAAGAUACAGCCAGAUAUGUCGAUAUAUUUAGCAAUUAUGAAAGAACAAUGUUCCAAAAUUGUUCGCCAAUAAAUAUUGUAGAAGUUGGUUGGUUAUUUAGUAAAUGUUUGCGGGAUGAGAAGGUAAAAAAUACAAUACGAUAUCGUUUAUUUUAUUUAUUAUAAGACGUGGGGAUACAGAAACAACAUGAAAAUGGCCGUAGAUCGUUGCUUUAUCUGCGCGGGUAUAUGUCAAACAAAAUAGUGUCACAUAAUUAGACUAGAUAUGUACAGUGCCACAUUUCUUGGUCGGUAAGAGCGAAUGAAGAUAGAAACAAGGCUAUUGGGUUAUAAUAAAAUAACAGAAUGAAAGUACUAUCCCAAUGUGUAACGACUAGUCUAAAUUAUUUAACAGUUUAGCAAUUUCUUUUGGUGCUUUUGAGUAAAAUUUUAAACAAAUUGGAUUCUAUGCUAUUUUUAAAUUAUAUAUUUAUUUCUUUAGUUAAGUAGUGAUGAAAGAAGUCAUCUACGAAGUUUGAAAUAUCCUAUGAAUUUGCUAGAAAAUCCCGUAAGCCCAAGCGUUGUUAAAUUUCUUUAUUAAAUAUUAAUGUUUACGUAGAUAUAGUUUUAAGGUGUUUCUACAUUCCACGAAACAUUGCUAUGCAUUAGCUAUUAUUCUUUGCACGUAAUUUAAAAAUUUACAAAUUCUAAUAACAUAUUCUUCUAUAUUUAAAGACUUGUAUACUUAGUACUUUUUUGACUCAUUACACAUUACUCUAUUGGUCUUUAAUGAAAAUUAGCACCUUUAAUUAGACAAAGUUUUGAUUGUAAGCUAGCUAUAAAUUGUGUCCAAUUGAAAUACAAAUAAAGUUAAUUACUCUUCAAUAUUAGAUUUAAAAUAUUUUUCUUUCUUCUUGUUCCUUUUAUUCUGAAUGCAUAUAAUAAUAAAAAACAUUAAAAAGUUAGGAUUUUUUUCAAUAUGUUUGUUUUGUGAGGUAUUCAGAGAUAUUCCAUUUACGCAUCCUUUGUUUGUAAGCGCAAAUUUUAUUUGCUUCCUAUAUAGUUGGUUUUUUGCAUUAUGUAUUGCAUAUAAUAAUUAUGGAUUGUUUAGUUAUAUUCAAAUGUUAUUGCUUUAUAUAAAUUCAUAUUAUUUUGUUAUCUAAAAUAUAAGCGGUACAUUUAGUACAAAAUCGGCUAAGUAAUUUAAGUUUGUGGCUGUAUAAUCGAAAACAAUAAAGAGUGGUUAAAAUUG